CUUCCUGUCCCGCAGGUACCCGUGCUCCGGCCCAUGGACCUGAUGGUGGAGGCCACUCCCCGGAGGGUGUUUGCCAACGCGCAUACCUACCACAUCAACUCCAUCUCUGUCAACAGCGACUACGAGACUUACAUGUCGGCGGACGACCUGAGGAUAAACCUGUGGAACUUUGAAAUCACAAAUCAAAGUUUUAACAUCGUGGACAUCAAGCCAGCCAACAUGGAGGAACUGACGGAGGUGAUCACAGCCGCUGAGUUCCACCCGCACCACUGCAACACCUUUGUCUACAGCAGCAGCAAAGGCACCAUCCGGCUGUGCGACAUGCGCACCUCUGCCCUCUGUGACCGCCACGCCAAGUUUUUCGAAGAGCCUGAAGACCCAAGUAACCGGUCGUUUUUUUCUGAGAUCAUCUCCUCAAUCUCCGAUGUCAAAUUCAGCCACAGUGGGAGGUAUAUCAUGACCCGGGACUAUCUCACCGUCAAGGUGUGGGACCUGAACAUGGAGAACCGGCCCAUCGAGACCUACCAGGUUCACGACUACCUGCGGAGCAAGCUCUGCUCGCUCUACGAGAACGACUGCAUCUUCGACAAGUUCGAGUGCGUCUGGAACGGGUCCGACAGUGUCAUCAUGACCGGCUCCUACAACAACUUCUUCCGCAUGUUCGACCGCAACACCAAGCGCGAUGUGACGCUGGAGGCCUCGCGGGAGAACAGCAAACCCCGCGCCAUCCUCAAGCCCCGCAAGGUCUGCGUGGGCGGCAAGCGGAGGAAAGACGAAAUUAGCGUGGACAGUCUGGACUUUAGCAAAAAGAUCCUGCACACAGCUUGGCACCCCUCCGAGAAUAUCAUUGCCGUGGCAGCAACAAAUAACCUGUAUAUAUUCCAGGACAAGGUUAACUAGGAGGACAAGUUGUUCUUUAGGAAUCUCAUGUACUGAAUACUAGUAAACACAAGAUUUCAAAUGUUUCUUUUCUUUCUUUCUUUUUUUUUCCUUUUCCUUCCUAUUCCUUUGUUCAGUUAUGGCUCUGCAGAUAGCGGUUGUGC